CAUUAUUACAAGUAAGCUAAAGAAGAAGAAAUUGUAAGAAAAUGCCAGCUAUCGGAAUCGACCUCGGAACGACGUACUCUUGCGUGGGCGUGUGGCAGCACGGGGGCGUGGAGAUCAUCGCCAACGACCAGGGCAACAGGACCACGCCGUCGUACGUGGCGUUCACGGACACCGAGCGACUCAUCGGCGACGCCGCCAAGAACCAGGUGGCGCUCAACCCCGGCAACACGGUGUUCGACGCCAAGCGACUCAUCGGCCGCAAAUUCGACGACCCCAAGAUCCAGCAGGACAUGAAGCACUGGCCGUUCAAGGUCAUCAGCGACUGCGGCAAGCCCAAGAUACAGGUCGAGUUCAAGGGAGAGACGAAGAGAUUCGCGCCGGAGGAGAUCAGCAGCAUGGUGCUGACGAAGAUGAAGGAGACGGCAGAGGCGUACCUGGGCGCGGCGGUGCGGGACGCCGUGAUCACGGUCCCGGCGUACUUCAACGACUCGCAGCGCCAGGCCACCAAGGACGCGGGCGCCAUCGCCGGCCUCAACGUGCUGCGCAUCAUCAACGAGCCCACCGCCGCCGCGCUCGCCUACGGCCUGGACAAGAACCUGAAGGGCGAGCGCAACGUGCUCAUCUUCGACCUCGGCGGCGGCACCUUCGACGUGUCCAUCCUCACCAUCGACGAGGGCUCGCUGUUCGAGGUGAAGGCCACCGCCGGCGACACCCACCUCGGCGGCGAGGACUUCGACAACCGCCUGGUCACCCACCUCGCCGACGAGUUCCAGCGCAAGUACAAGAAGGACCUGCGCGGGAACGCGCGCGCGCUGCGCCGCCUGCGCACGGCGGCCGAGCGCGCCAAGCGCACGCUGUCAUCCAGCACCGAGGCCACCAUCGAGGUGGACGCGCUCUACGAGGGCGUCGACUUCUACACGCGAGUGUCGCGCGCUCGCUUCGAGGAGCUCUGCUCCGACCUGUUCCGCGGCACGCUCGAGCCCGUAGAGAAGGCGCUGCGAGACGCCAAGCUGGACAAGAGCCAGAUCCACGACGUGGUGCUCGUCGGCGGCUCCACGCGCAUCCCCAAGAUCCAGAGCCUGCUGCAGAAUUUCUUCGGCGGCAAGCAGCUGAACCUGUCCAUCAACCCCGACGAGGCGGUGGCGUACGGCGCGGCGGUGCAGGCGGCCAUCCUCAGCGGGGACGGCGACUCCAAGAUCCAGGACGUGCUGCUGGUGGACGUGGCGCCGCUGUCGCUCGGCAUCGAGACCGCGGGUGGCGUCAUGACCAACAUCAUCGAGCGCAACUGCAAGAUCCCCUGCAAGCAGUCGCAGACGUUCACCACGUACGCCGACAACCAGCCGGCGGUCACCAUCCAGGUGUUCGAGGGCGAGCGCGCGCUCACCAAGGACAACAACCGCCUCGGCACCUUCGACCUCACCGGCAUCCCGCCCGCGCCGCGCGGCGUGCCCAAGAUCGACGUCACCUUCGACAUCGACGCCAACGGCAUCCUGAACGUGACGGCCAAGGAGAACAGCACGGGCCGCUCCAAGAAUAUCGUGAUCAAGAACGAGCGCGGGCGGCUCUCGCAGGCGGACAUCGACCGCAUGCUGGCCGAGGCCGAGCGCUACAAGGAGGAGGACGAGCGCCAGAGGAGGCGCGUGGCGGCGCGCAACCGGCUCGAGGGCUACGUGUUCGGCGUGAAGCAGGCGCUGGACGAGGCGGGCGACAAGCUGAGCGAGACGGACAAGAGCGCGGCGCGGCAGGAGUGCGACGCGGCCCUCGGCUGGCUCGACAACAACUCGCUGGCCGAGGAGGACGAGUACGAGCACCGCCUCAAGGAGCUGCAGCGCGUGUGCGCGCCGCUCAUGGCCAAGAUGCACGGCGCCGGAGCUGCCGGCGCUGGCGGCGACCCGUCCGCCGGCGCGGGCAAACCCACCGUCGAGGAAGUCGAUUAAAUAUGGAAGGAAGAU